AUGUUCGGACGUCCCAACGCAUUUGACGAAUCUGUUAGUAUUGCCCGUGAAUGUGUGGCAUCUAUUUUAAAGCGUCUGAGCCAUCGAAAUGCCAAUGUUCAAUUAUAUACUUUAACACUGUCAAAUGCCCUGGUUCGCAGUGGCGGCACUUACGAAAUGGAAAUUCGCAAAGAGAUUUGUUCGAGAGCUUUUAUUACAGUGUUAACCCGGAUGCUAAAUGAUAAAGGGGUUCAUGAAAAAGUCAAAAAUCGAAUACUCGAUUUAAUUCAAGAAUGGAGUAAUUUGUUUCGUUCAGAACCAUCUUUGGAUCUUAUGGAAGAGACUUUCAAUAAUCUACGGAAAAGUUUUCAGUUUCCUUCGCCAGAAAGACCAAAGAAAGGACCAAGUGAACUUGAUGAUAAAAGACGCAAAGAGGAAGAGGAAGAUCUUCAAAAAGCUCUGAAACUUUCAUUGGAAAGUUCAUCUCAAAAGGCGGUUAAUAAUACACCAUUAGCAAAAGUCACCACACCACAAUCAUCUGUACAGCAGAAUAAUGAUAACGUUAAAUCACCUAAUGUUUCACGUGUGAAAGCAUUAUAUGAUUUUAUUCCCACUGAAACAGGUGAACUUGGUUUUUCUCGAGGUGAUGUAAUCACAGUAUUGGAUAGCUUGUAUCAAGAUUGGUGGCGAGGUGAAUUGCGUGGACAAACAGGAAUAUUUCCAGUAAAUUAUGUGGAAAAGUUACCUGAUCCAACUCCAGCGGAUAUUGCAAAAGAGGCUGAAAUGGAAGUUAGUGUUUUCUCUGAAGGUCGCAAUAUCGAUCUUCUCUUAGAAAUGUUGUCUGUUUUGGAUCCACAAAAGGAUAGUGUCACUGAAAACGAAAAUAUUCAGAAUUUAUAUAACGAAACUUUACCUGUUCGACCUAAGUUAAUGAAACUUAUUGAAAAAUAUAGUCAGAAAAAAGAUGAUCUACUCGCACUUCAUAAAAAAUUCAUUCAAGCAACUACUACAUACGAUAAGCUUAUGUCAGAAUCGCUUCGAAAAUAUGAUCCGGCUUAUAUUCCAAAUACUUCGUCAACGAAUCCACAAUUCAAUACGUCGUCCCUAAAUACAAGUUAUACAAAUCUUAACGUGCAAUCCUACGCGCAAUCGAAUUCAUCCAUGUUGCCAGGUUACGGUGAUCCUACACCCACAUAUUAUCCAGCGCAACAAUAUUCGACAUAUCCAUCGUCUCAGAUCGAUAAUAAGGGUCAACAAUUUCAAGAAAAUGAUCAACAGCAACUACCGCCGCAUUUGUAUAAUCAAUCUCUAUACGUGCCCCAAAAUUUACCGGAUGGGUUUUUAGAAGUACCCGUGAAUCAACAAAUGCCACAAUAUCAAACUCAACUAUCUCAAGAAAUUCCGGUUCAAGGAAAUUUUCAAUCACAACAAAGUUCUCAACCAAUCCCUCAAUACACAAAUCAAAUUAUGAAUGAUCCAUCACGUACACAACAACCUAUAUAUCCCAAUCAACAACCACUGCCACAAUCAAACACAUUCAUAGGCCAAUCUCAAUUCACUCCACAACCAUCCCAGGAUUCUAUGGGUCAACCUAGCAUUUAUACGACGCAACAACAAACACAAUUCAAUCAACAAGAUCCAUCUCAAAACGUUCCUUAUAAUCAACAACAGCCAGUCCAAUAUGCCACACAAAAUCCACAGAAUCUACAGAAUCCACAGAAUCCACAAAAUCCACAAAAUAUACAUGAUCCACAAAAUCCACAAAAUCUACAAAAUCCACAAAAUCUACAAAAUCCACAAAAUCUACAAGAUCCACAAAAUCCACAUGAUCCUUCUGGACAAAAUCAAUUUUAUUCUCUGCAACCACUAUUUAAUUCUCAAACUCCUCAACAAACACCCUACAUGAAUGUAAAUAAUCAAGAACAAGCGACUAUUCAACAGACUACUCAACAACCGACUACUACGUUUGCUCCAUAUUCUGAUAUUUCUUCAGGUGCACCUCCAGGUCAACAACCUAUAAAUUAUGGUAAUUACCCUUCUGUAUCGCAACCUAAUAUUAAUGUGCAACAUCAAAAUGCACAAACAUCGCAGUCGUCAUCCUCGUCAUCUCUACCUCAAUCACAAACACAAUUUAUUUCACCGCAACAAUCAUAUGUUUCAUGCUAUCCACCACAGCAAGUGAAUCAACAACAAAAUACACCCGUUGCUGAAGUUGAGACAUUUUUAGAACUUUAA